AUGGCCGGCACGAACCCCACCGGUUUCGACAUCAAGGAAUUCAAGGCCGCCGCUUCCCCCCGGUCGGUCUGGGCAAAGAAGGACCCCUGGGCUCGCUAUGAGACCUGGAGAUACACCGGCCCCUUCAGCCGCUUCAACCGUUUCAAGGGUCUCUUCCCCGGCUUCGGUAUUGCCAGCGUUGCCUUCGCCGGAUACUGCGCAUACGAGGCCGUAUUCAUGAAGCACGACGACCACCACGGCGAGGGCCACCACUAA